AUGAAACAAGAGAUUGAUGCACUGCAACAAAAUCAGACUUGGGAUCUCAUACCAAAACCAAGAGAUGUGAAACCCAUUUCGUGCAAAUGGGUUUACAAAAUAAAGUGUCGUCCAGAUGGGUCAAUUGAAAGGUAUAAGGCACGAUUGGUAGCUCGUGGCUUCUCUCAACAGUACGGACUAGACUAUGAUGAAACGUUUAGUCCGGUGGCGAAACUUACAACUGUGGCUGGUUUUUAUGUUACUUUGAUCGACGAAGAACUACGCCUGGAAGAGGUCGAACUUCACGCUAAAGAGCAAGAACUUCUUGCUGUAAUUAAUCCGCCAUCUUCAAUUGAAGCUUCGGUUCCUCUGGUUGAAGCUUCUAGUUCUCAAGUAGGUCCUGAAGUUCCUGAGGUUCUCCCAGCAGGAACUCCUGCUGCCUCUUUGCCAAUUGUUUCUUCAUCAGCGGUUGUUGCUUCUUCAGCAACCACUUCCCUUCCCAUUAUUGAGCUCUCAUCCCCUGUAAGCUCAGGAAAAUCCCUUGCUAAGAUUGCCCCUAGCAAGCGCCCAGGACGCAAACUCACCAAAGCUCCCCCUUCUAAAAGGAGACUCACUCUUCCUGCUGAGGAAUCACUCUCAGAAGGUUUUACUUCUGCUGCCCCUUCUUCUACUGAGCCCACUUUGGCUGAUCUAUACCCCUCCUUUCUUUUUUCUUCCUCUCCUUCUUCUAGCAACACUGCCCCUGGUAGUACUUCUUUUACUUUUCCUCUAUUUGUUCCAGAAUCUGGGUCUUUACCUCCUUCCUUCUCUUCUUACUUAGUUUUCGCUCCCCCUUCUAUCCCAACUUCUUCUUUUUCUACCACUUCCUCUUCUAUCCUUGUCCUUCCUAUACUACUAGGAGGCUCUUUCACCACUGCUCGAGAGGAAAUUCAUCCUCUCUUUGGAGAGCUUCCCCCUCCUGAGAUAAUUGAUCAAUUCUCACAUGAGGAAACCAAGCGAUGGAUGGCCAAUAUAGGUCUAGCUCGCCUAACGCAUAACUUGUAUCAUGAGAAUGAGAAGUUGAAGCGACAAGUUGCUGAGCUAUCCUCUGCCACCCUUUCAGAAAAGUCUAAGAAACAAUAUGAAACCCAGCUUAAGAGCCUUCAAUCUCAAUUUAAAUCGGCCAUAGACCUCAAUACUGAAUUAUCUUCCAAAUUAGAGAAGCAGCUUGUUGAGACUAACAAGAUGAAAUCCGAUUACGAGUCCACCUUGGCUGACAAACUCAAAGCUCUACAGCUAAAGGAUGAGGAAAUAACUUCUUUAAACACUUCUUUGAAUACAGCUAAAACGGAGGCUUCCACAAAAGACGCCGAACUGAAGUCUUCUCAAACAGCUUUGGUGGAGUAUAAAGCUGGUGAAGCUAAUCGCUUUAAAGAUCAGGCCACGACUCUAAUCAGUUCUGCUGAAUUCAAUAGGCCAAUUGUAAAAUCUAUUUUGGCAGCCUAUACGGCCGGAGCUGAAGGAGCAGUAGCGUAA